UUAUUAGAGAGGCGAAAAAUAAAAAGAAAAAGAGGAGUGUGAGGAAACGUAUUGAACCUGUAAAGAUUCUUUUUUUUUUUUGUAUUAUUUGGGUGAGGACCCCAAAGGAUCUAUUUCUACCUAACUCUGGCUGCCCACCAACAACAUUUUAGGAGUUUCCGGCAAGAUUCUGAUCAAAUAUAAUCAUAGUUUAAGACAAGAAGUGGGAUAUGAAGGAGACAAAGCUUUUUGAUUUGAUUUUCUUUCUUUGGUGAUACAAGCUGUGGGAUUUGAUUCCUUGUGAUAGGUGGCUAAGUUGAAGGAGUUUGUGAUGGAACAAGAGGUGGCAAAGAAGGCUGAAUCUGAAUCUUCUCAGACCCCACAAGAAGAAAAGUCUAAGGAUGUCAACAAUGGUAGUAGUAAUAAUAAUGUUAAUGGAAGUGAUGACGAUGAUGCUGCUGCUGCUGCCAAGGAAGAAGAUGUUGCAGCGGAUGAGAAAGGUGCCAUCCCUGUUGCUGAAGACAAGAAGAAGGCACCAUCUGCUCCAAAGGUUGCAUUUGCGGAUCCUAUAGAGAAUUCUUCUGGACCUAUGUUCGAUAGAGAUGCUGUUCUUGCUAGAGUUGUAACGGAGAAGAGAUUGGCUCUGAUCAAGGCAUGGGAAGAAAGCGAGAAAAGCAAAGCAGAGAACAAGGCGUACAAGAAACUCUCGGCAGUCGAAGCUUGGGAGAACAGCAAGAAAGCCACUGUCGAGGCAAAACUAAAGAAAAUCGAGGAGAAUCUGGAGAAGAAGAAGGCGGAGUAUGCAGAGAGGAUGAAGAACAAGAUAGCAGACCUUCAUAAGGCUGCGCAAGAGAAGCGUGCGACAGUCGAAGCCAAAAAGGGAGAGGACUUCAUCAAGAUAGAAGAGGAGGCCGCGAAAUUCCGAGCAAAAGGUCAUGUCCCAAAGAAGUUUUUCGGAUGCUUUAGCAGUUGACAUAGGAAAACAGAGUCUUCUCCCCCAAAUUAUCAUCAAAACCUAUUGCUAUCUGGUGGUUGUGUACAAAUUAUGUGGGGCUUCUUGGCAGUGUGUCUAAUUAUAUGGAUACAGCACCGUCUAUUGUUUCUUCGACGACUUCGGUCUUAGGGAUCAAAGUGUUGUACAGAGGCCAAUGGAAAGAAUAAGUCGAUACGAUAUUUAUUUCCUUUUCAUUUCCUUCA